CAGUAAAGAAAAAAGGAGUCGAAGAACUGGAUUCACACACGACUUGGGGCAAUGGACGACCAUGUUGUCAAUGGGCAAAAGAAAAAAAAAAAGGAAAAUCCUUAUUAUAGAAUGUCGUCAGUGGGGUUGGGUCUCUCCCCGAAGACGGGUGCUCUUCUCCCUUUCUUUUUCUCACACAACUUGUAUAUGCCAACAUAAGCUUUUCUUCUUCUCAUCUGCCCCCCCCCCCUUUUUUUUUACGAAAACGCUUUUCUUUUUUUUUCUAACUUUUUGGGCUCUCUUUCAACAUUUAUAAAAACCCCAUCUCUCUUUUUCCCUCUCUCUCCUCUUUUUCUUUUUUGACUUGAUGGACACAUCUGCUUCUUUAGCCAGAGUUCAUUUAAGAGGCGUCAUUUCUAACGUUCGCGAUAAGGAGUUUUGUCGUUGCAAUAUGCCUCCUGUUGUAAAGCCCGUCGCACGACGACCCGUUGUUGCCACAAGCAAUAAACCACCACUACGACCACUUUCGCCCUCUCCGUCCUUGUCGCCUCCUCCUCCUCCUCCUCCUCCUACUACUACUACCCCACCUUCACAACAACAACAACCAUCUUUGUCACCACCACUGAGUAAUACUACUACUACUAUCACUACGGAUAAUGAUACCACCACCACCACCACCACCACGCCUUCGUCCAGUCAAGUAGUACAACGACAACAACGUAAAGUAGUACAGGAAGAGGAGCAGCAAGUCCCACAGUAUCAGCAGCAGCAGCAGCAGCAGCAAGAACAAGACGAACUAAUGAUGACGGAUGAUGAAGACGAAGAAGAUGACGACGACGAUGAAGACAUGGAUCAUCUGAGUAUCAGUGACCAAGAAGAUCGCAACAACAGACACAGACACCAUUGUCAACCUUUUCGAAAAAAGAUGUCAUCCUCAUCACCUGUUAUGGCAACGACAACAAGUCCAUGUUCGUCCUCGACCACAUCCACCUCAUCCUGCUCUGUGUUUACCACCACCAGCAGCAACAACACCAGUAAGAAACGAGCGACGCGAAGGCGGACAGAGACAUCGUACGACGAAAAGACGACGCAUUAUCUAAAGACCAUGUUCUUUGAGGUGUACGGCAACGGCCGGAAGCUCAGCAAACCGGAACGGCGCCGCAUUGAAAAGCAGACAGGACUCAAAUCGCGCAAGAUCACCUACUGGUUCUCGAACCAGAAGCGUCGGUUCCGUCCAGAAUUGAAAGCGUUUCAGCGUCUGGUGGCUCAGGGUCAUGUCCAUUCGUAUGUAGACUUUUUGGAUUGGUGUCAACAUCAUGACAUGAUCCAAUUGAGUAACCACAAUGAUGAUGAGGGUGGUUGUUGUAGCAGCAGUAGUAGCAGUAGUAUCAGUAGCAGCAGUACUACUACUACUACUAUUGCUAAAAGUGAUGGCAUGAACAAGGCAAAGGUGGAUAAUAAUAGUAAUAAGAAUGAUGAAGAUGAUGACGGUGGUGGUGGUGGUAGUGAUAGCAAUGCUAUCAUAGCAUGAAUCAAUUGAAUGAUGACGAUGACGAUAUCCCCCCCCCCACCCCUAUUCUUUACCCUUCAUUUCUCGUCAACCAAUGCACCAUCAUCAUCAUCAUCGCCUUGUUCUCUUUAUCUCCACACCAUUCCCCUCCUCCUUAUUUCUCGUUUCUGUACGUGUACGUGUGUUUUCUUCCUUUCUCCGUUACUCGACCUCCUCGGUAUUACUUUCCUUGACCCCCAAUCCCCAACCUCUCCUCCUCCUCCUCCUCGCCCCUAUAAUCUACACGCCAACGAUCCGUCAUCCAACCACUUAUAUAGCAACAACGACAACAUUAUCAUACAUGCAUAUCUCUCGUCUCUCUUUCUAACCAACCAAAGUUGAUCAAC